CGGAUUUAGCACCCUUCAACAAACAAUGGGCUUAUGUUAAAUCCAUCAAGCUUGGGAUUUGAGUACCAAAUCCAUGACCCAAAUCCAACAAGCAAACCACCUCUUAAUUUAUUUUUUAAGGUUUUUUGUGUGCGGUCGAACCCGGCACUGAACCGAAAAAACAUAACUCCAAAUUAGACCGGGCUCAAUUGGUUGGGUGGGCCGAGAGCGAAACUGUCAGAUUGGGUCCUUAGCCCAAAAUCAAACCAUCUGGUAGUGUAGUAGUCCGCUUCGCACAUUUUCUCCUACUAUUCAGCGCAUUAGUAUUUUACAGUUGCGAUUUCUAACUCGCAGAGUCGUCUUCUUCCCUCCUAUUCCAAUCCUCCGCUCGCCCAUGAGAUCUUGGAUCUGAGAGAAACCUCAUAUUUUAGUGAACGCAGGCGGCGACUGCAUUUCUUCAGCUCAGAAGCCACUCUUAGUUUAAGUUUUUUGCUUCCUUCGCCUUCUUCUCCGAUCUGAUCUCUUCAAGGUUCGUUUCGUCUAAUCCUCUUCCCCAAUUGCCUGGAUCUGUUGUAUUUUCUCUAGUUUCUUGGUUUGCAUUUCUGUUUUUGCGCAUUUUGUUUGGUUGCUUGAUAUACGAGGUGGUGGAUUUAGAUUUUGAAUUCGAUUUGUCCUGGGGGCAAUCUCUGUGCGAGGAGAAACGUUUAUCUCAAUGGCAAUUCAGUGUGGAAUGCUAUUGCUCGGGUGUUUUCUAAUGGCGGUUCUUGUGGAGAAAGCGUAGUGAUCCGAAUCGUUUGAAUUCACAGGCGUGAUCUGUUUAUAAGAAGCAUGUUGCUUCAGAUGGCCGCAUUCCUACUGCCGAGAUUUGAAAAAAAAAAAAAAAAGCAGUAGUGAAAUUCUGCUUUCUGCUCAGUCCUUUGUUCUACUAAAUUCAAAUGUUUAAGGACUUUAACUAGUUUAGCUAAACUGGAAUGACUCGAGGUUGCUCGGUAAUUGUAGUAUAUUGUUAUUCAGUGAGGAUAGUGAGUAUUUGGUCUAUCAGAACUCCUGUUAUUAACUUGUUACACGACAUUGUACUGUGUUUACAUCCACACCGUUUUCCCGAUUUUAGAGAAUGUUUCGUAGGACGUUAUCCUUUUGGAUAGCUAACAUGGGUUUUCUGUAAUUAAACAGAGAGGAAGUGUGAGAUGGAGAAAUCGUGUUCUCUGCUUGUGCACUUUGACAAAGGGACUCCAGCAAUUGCAAAUGAGAUUAAGGAAGCCUUGGAAGGCAAUGAUGUUACAGCUAAGGUGGAUGCCAUGAAGAAAGCAAUCAGCCUUCUGUUGAAUGGAGAAACCCUACCCCAGCUUUUUAUCACGAUCCUCAGAUAUGUUUUGCCUUCUGAGGAUCACACGAUCCAGAAGCUGCUCCUUUUAUACUUGGAGAUUAUCGAUAAAAAAGAUGCUUCUGGGAAGCUUCUGCCCGAGAUGAUCCUGAUAUGCCAAAAUUUGAGGAACAAUCUUCAGCACCCAAAUGAAUAUAUCCGUGGGGUGACUUUGAGGUUUCUGUGCCGCCUCAAUGAGACAGAAAUUAUAGAGCCGUUGAUCCCUUCGGUGCUGCAGAAUUUGGAGCAUAGACAUCCAUUUAUUAGAAGGAAUGCAAUCUUCACUGUUAUGUGCAUUUAUAAGCUUCCCCAGGGCGAUCAGCUUUUGGUUGAUGCUCCUGAAAUGAUUGAAAAGGUUCUUUCAUCAGAGCAUGAUCCAUCAGCUAAACGUAAUGCAUUCCUCAUGCUCUUCAGUUGUGCACAGGAUCGAGCUGUUAAGUAUCUUUUUGAACACAUUGAUAAGAUCUCUGAAUGGGCUGAGCAACUUCAGAUGGUUGUUUUGGAGUUGAUUCGUAAAGUUUGUAGAACAAAUAGAUUGGAGAAGGGCAAAUACAUAAAGAUAAUCAUAUCUUUGUUGAAUGCCACAUCCAGUGCAGUGGUCUAUGAGUGUGCUGGAACACUUGUCUCUCUAUCAUCUGCACCUACGGCAAUUAAAGCUGCUGCUAACACAUAUGGCCAGCUCCUUCUAUCUCAGAGUGACAACAAUGUCAAGCUUAUUGUUCUUGAUCGACUGAGUGAGCUCAAAUCUUCUCACAGGGAAAUUAUGGUUGAUAUGGUCAUGGACGUGCUUAGGGCGCUGUCUAGCCCCAAUGUUGAUAUCCGCCGUAAGACCCUUGAUAUUAUCCUUGAUUUGAUAACCCCCAGGAAUGUUAAUGAAGUUGUUCUCAUGUUGAAGAAGGAAGUUGUCAAGACCCAGAGUGGAGAGCUUGAGAAGAAUGGUGAAUACAGGCAGAUGCUUAUCCAAGCCAUCCAUUCUUGUGCUAUUAAGUUCCCAGAAGUUGCAAGCACGGUGGUGCAUCUAUUGAUGGAUUUCCUAGGAGAUAGCAAUGUUGCUUCAGCUAUUGAUGUGGUUGUUUUUGUCAGAGAGAUAAUAGAGACUAACCCAAAACUGAGGGUUUCAAUAAUAACACGGCUCUUGGAUACUUUCUACCAGAUCCGAGCUUCUAGGGUAUGUGCUUGUGCUCUGUGGAUCAUAGGAGAGUAUUGCCUUUCCCUUUCUGAAGUUGAGAGCGGUUUAGCGACCAUCAAGCAGUGUCUCGGUGAAUUGCCCUUCUUCUCUGUUUCCGAAGAAGGGGAAGUUACUGAUGCUUCCAAGAAGCCUCCACAAGCUAAUUCCAUCACUGUGUCUUCGAGAAGGCCUGCUAUCCUUGCUGAUGGGACCUAUGCUACACAGAAUGCUGCCUCUGAAACUGCCUUUUCCCUGCCUACUAUUGUUCUGGGUUCGUUGUCCACUGGAAAUCUUAGAUCGCUUCUUCUCACUGGCGAUUUUUUCCUUGGAGCAGUUGUCGCAUGCACUCUAACAAAACUAGUGCUGCGAUUGGAAGAGGUACAGUCUUCUAAGUUGGAGGUGAAUAAAGCAUCUACGCAGGCUUUGUUGAUUAUGGUCUCCAUGCUACAAUUGGGGCAAUCUUCUGUUCUUCCGCACCCAAUUGAUAGUGAUUCGUACGAUAGGAUGCUUCUCUGCAUAAGGUUGCUGUGCAAUACUGGCGAUGACAUCCGGAAAAUAUGGUUGAAGUCUUGCCGUCAAAGUUUUAUGAAAAUGCUUUCAGAGAAGCAGUUGAGAGAGACUGAGGAAUUGAAGGCGAAGGCUCAGGUUUCCCAUGCGCAACCAGAUGAUCUCAUUGACUUCUAUCAUUUGAAGAGCAGGAAGGGCAUGAGUCAGCUGGAGUUGGAAGAUGAAGUUCAAGAUGAUUUGAAACGUGCGACUGGGGAGUUUAUCAAGGAUGGCAAUGAUGCUAACAAGCUUAACCGCAUCCUUCAACUCACUGGAUUUAGUGACCCUGUGUAUGCUGAAGCAUAUGUGACAGUUCAUCACUAUGAUAUUGUGCUUGAUGUCACUGUCAUCAACCGGACAAAGGAAACUCUCCAAAACUUAUGCUUGGAGUUGGCCACCAUGGGUGAUCUUAAACUAGUCGAGCGCCCUCAGAAUUAUGCAUUGGCUCCAGAAUCAAGCAAACAAAUUAAGGCAAACAUCAAGGUCUCCUCAACUGAGACUGGAGUGAUCUUCGGCAACAUUGUUUACGAGACUUCAAAUGUGCUCGAAAGAAAUGUUGUCGUCCUCAAUGAUAUCCACAUUGAUAUCAUGGAUUACAUUUCUCCAGCCUACUGUACCGAUUCAGCAUUUAGAACAAUGUGGGCAGAGUUUGAAUGGGAGAACAAGGUUGCUGUUAACACAACUAUUCAGAAUGAGAAGGAAUUCCUGGACCAUAUCAUUAACUCGACAAACAUGAAGUGCCUCACUGCACCGUCUGCACUAGAUGGCGAGUGUGGAUUCCUAGCAGCUAACUUGUACGCCAAGAGUGUGUUUGGUGAGGACGCAUUGGUAAAUGUGAGUCUCGAAAAGCAGGGAGAUGGGAAACUCAGCGGGUACAUCAGGAUACGUAGCAAGACCCAGGGAAUCGCACUCAGCCUGGGCGAUAAAAUCACUCUAAAGCAGAAGGGAGGUAGUUGAUGUGGAUGUAUCCCAACUCUUUUUGUAUCAAAAUUAUACAGGUAAGGUUCCUCUCUAGUUCCCCCAUCAGUUACAUCUUGCUCUAUAGCGAGUGGUCUCUUUUUUUCGUGUCUCUUCGGAGCGAUGAACAUGAAUCUGUAGGGUAUUGUGUGUUUCAGGUAACCUGGAUAUUUCAAGCUGGAAGAUUGUCUCUUUGCGAUACUGUUUCUCGUUUGUAUGUAGUUUGAGGGGUAGCGGCUUUCUUUGUAUUGGGAAUGUAGCGGCAUUGAGCUUAGAUUUGCGGCAUUUUCCAUAUUGAAAGUUUGAAACUUGAAAUGGAGUUACAUUUUCCUUUACAUCUGUUGAUCUUUCUUGUUCUUGUUUAAGCUCAGCUCUGUAGUUCAAUUACUGGACGGGAGAAUCCUCUGGCUGGUCGUGGUUCGACGAGUGAGAAUCUCUUAUUACUGACCCUCUUUCAUCUGGUCACCAUUGUUGCUAAUGUAUAUCAUUUGCUUAUCCUAAGUAGGGAGUUCAUGUCAUGUUCGUCCGAUUGAUCAUUAGUGCAGAAUCGAACUGAAUCAAAGAGUGA